CUAUGCCCAAAUCAGUCCCGUCUGAAAAUGGCGGAGUAUAUACAUGUCGUUCGAAGGGCUUUGGGACAGUUAGGAGGUCACGGUGGUGUGAAAGGCUUAUUUGUUCAGUUAUUCAGGGCAAAUGAUGUGAAAACGGGAGCGCUGAUUGGCGUGGACAAGUAUGGAAACAAGUACUUUGAGGACACACGCUACUUUUUUGGUCGUCACCGCUGGGUGAUUUACACUACAGAGAUGAAUGGAAAGAACACCAUGUGGGAGGUGGAUGGCAGCAUGGUGCCCGCUGAAUGGCAUCGCUGGCUGCACUGUAUGACAGACAACCCCCCCACCACACACCCCCCUACGCCCAAGAAGUUCCUGGCGGAGGUCCACCAGUUCAACGUGAGUGGUUCGGCCCAAGCAUACGUGCCCUACUCCACCACCCGCAAGAAGAUCCACGAGUGGGUGCCCCCCAAGGCUCAGUGACCCAGCUGUGACCCGACCUGACUUUCAACCUCUGACCCGUGACCUUGUUCUGUAAAUGAUGAGUGUGAUUUCCUGUGUGUGCAUUCACCAGCACAUCUUUGCUUCUAAAUAAAAUCUAAUCUAUAUGGA